GCCAUCUUGGAUCUAAAGAACGGGGGAAAAUUGAUGCGGUGACAAAAGGCAUGUUCGGUUCCAGAAAGAAGUUUGUGGAGUUCGUUGAGGUAGUCGAUAACGACUUUCCUGAUGAAAGCAUGUACUAUGGCCAACCGUCGAUGUUCCCUCAUCGGUCAGAAAAAGACAUGCUGUCAUCUCCUUCACCGUCAUCGUCAGGUCAAUUGUCGCAGCUUGGUGCUAGUUUGUACGGUCCACAAAGUGCACUUGGAUUCUCAUUAAGGGGCAUGGGCAACAAUACGCCUCAGUUAAAUCGCAAUUUGACACAAGGCACCCAGCUACCAAGUCAUAUCACCCCCACAACAGGGGUGCCCACCAUGUCACUCCAUACCCCUCCAUCACCAAGCAGGGGGACUUUGCCGAUGAACUCGAGGAACAUGCUGAACCACUCCCAGGUUGGCCAGGGCAUUGGGAUGAGUGGCAGAACCAACAGUAUGGGAAGUUCUGGGCUGGGUAGCCCAAACCGCAGCUCUCCCAGCAUCAUCUGUAUGCCCAAACAGCAGCCAGCACGGCAGCCCUUUACCAUAAACAGUAUGUCAGGAUUUGGAAUGAACCGUAAUCAGGCUUUUGGGAUGAACAAUUCAAUAUCAAGCAACAUCUUCAAUGGCACUGAUGGAAGUGAAAAUGUGACAGGACUGGAUCUGUCAGACUUCCCUGCACUAGCGGACAGGAGUCGGAGAGAAGGGACUGGGAAUCCAACGCCACUGCUCAACCCACUAGCUGGAAGGGCUCCCUAUGUGGGCAUGGUGACAAAACCGACAACUGAACAAACACAGGAUUUCUCCAUCCAUAAUGAGGACUUCCCCGCACUGCCUGGCCCCAACUACAAAGACCCCACGUUAAGCAAUGAUGACAACAAAAAUAACCUAAACUCCACGGGCAAGAGCACAACCAGUGCAGAGGGGCCAAAGUUCCCUGGAGACAAGACGGCCUCAGUACAGAACAACAACCAGAAGAAAGGGAUCCAGGUGUUGCCUGAUGGACGUGUGACGAAUAUUCCCUCUGGAAUGGUGACAGACCAGUUUGGGAUGAUUGGAUUGCUGACAUUUAUCCGAGCAGCAGAGACGGAUCCAGGGAUGGUCCAUCUGGCACUGGGAAGUGACCUCACAACACUGGGACUCAACCUCAACUCGCCAGAAAACCUGUACCCCAAGUUUGCUUCUCCUUGGGCCUCCGCACCAUGUCGACCUCAGGACAUUGACUUCCAUGUUCCUUCAGAGUACUUGACAAAUAUACACAUAAGGGACAAGUUGGCUGCAAUUAAACUGGCUCGCUAUGGCGAAGACCUGCUGUUCUACCUGUACUACAUGAAUGGAGGAGAUCUGCUUCAACUUCUGGCAGCAGUAGAGCUUUUUAACCGGGACUGGCGGUACCACAAAGAGGAGCGAGUUUGGAUCACAAGAGCACCUGGCAUGGAGCCCACACUAAAGACCAAUACCUACGAGAGGGGAACCUAUUACUACUUUGAUUGUCAUAACUGGAGAAAGGUAGCCAAGGAGUUUCACCUGGAGUAUGACAAGCUGGAAGAGAGGCCUCAUGUGCCAACAACAUUCAACUACAACCCAGCCCAGCAGGCCUUCUAAGGCCCAGAUCAGUCAAACGGUCACAGCUGUUUCUGUACACCACUCGGUCAACCAGGGAGGGCACUGCGUUCGAUACAUCCUGGGGGUUCUUUUACUCCUUGAGGAUUUGGCUUUUGGA